CUCGUGGAAAGGCCACUCUACACCCACUCACGCAACCAAGCCAAACCAAACCCACCACUUCAUGUCGCGCACCCAACCCAUUCUUCUUUUCCCAGCGUAGAUUAUACUUUCCACCACGCCGAGGCGCGUUUCUUCUUACCCCCCCCUUGCAAUCGAUUGCCGUCUUUCCAUUCUUUGCGCGCGCUUGGUCACCGGCUUGAGGGAGCUUGCUGGCUAGUAGCUAUGUUGUUUGCGGCACCAUGGGCGAGCUUGUGCCUGCUGGCGGGGAGCUUGGUGGGUGUUGGCGCGCUGGGACUUUCUGAGGAUCCGGAUAUCAAGGCGAUUUCGCUGCGGACGCAUAGUUUGGAUCCUCCAUACCUCGACUCGGACAUGCAGAGCCGUUGGUGGGACUUUGGCGGAGACACCGUCAUUCGAACAGACAAGUACAUCCGCCUCACGUCGGACAAGCCCUCGCGCGAAGGCUGGCUGUUCUCGCGAGUACCCUUGACGGCUACAAAUUGGGAGAUCGAAUUCGAGUUCAAGAUCCACGGCCAGGGCAACCUUUACGGCGAUGGUUUCGCGAUGUGGCUCACCAAGCAGCGAGCGCAACCGGGUCCUGUAUUUGGACAUGCAGAUGAAUUCGAAGGCCUUGGUAUCUUCUUCGAUACGUAUAAGAACAAUCGACCAGGCACCGUCUUCCCCUACAUUAUGGCUAUGAACGGCGACGGCAAGACAAAGUACGAUAAAGAUAACGACGGCAAGGCCAACGAGGUCGCUGGCUGCUCUGCCCGCGGCAUCCGCAACGCGCAAAUCGCCACCAAAGGCCGCCUAACCUACUUCCAAGAGCAAUACCUCAAACUAGAACUCUCCUACAAAUCCGAAGACGAAUGGACAACCUGCUUCGAGAUCCCAAACUACCGCAUCCAACCCGUCGCCUACCUCGGCUUCUCCGCCGAAACCGGCGAACUGCACGACAACUUCGACAUCGUCUCCGUCAAGUCGCUCAACCUAUACAAGCGCAACCCCGGCGCAAAAGCAGCAACAAGCACCCCCGGCGCCAACGCAGGCAAAACCAGCUCCUCGUUCGCCAGGCCAAAGGAAUCCUCGUCCGGUGGUGGGAGCUGGACCUGGUUCCUCGUCAAAUUCGUCCUGUUUGGCCUUGCGCUCACUGGCGCGUAUGUCGGGUACACGGUCUACCGCACGAAGCAGAGGGAUAGGUUUUAGAAGAAUGCGACGCUCCCUACGCACGAGGCGAGGCAGGCGGUUAAGCUGUAUGAGUGCAGGUAUCGCGCUGGUUAUGCGGAUGGUAAACGUAAACACAAGGCCCGUGUUUGGAGGUCGAGUGGUGCGUCGUCGACGACGGGCGAGUGGCGCUUUGUUAGGGAUGAGGAGGGCUGGAUGAAUAUGUAUCGGUUGGAGUGAUGGGGCGGGACGUCUAGUCUGAUUGACGUGUUUUUGUAGCAUCUUUUACCCCUGGUGUGGGUACCUUUUCUCGCGUUGUUUGUUCAAGGUUCGUCGACUCCUAGGAAUUCUAUCAAUCACACUCAAAUUCAAAAUGUUC